UCUGUUUUGUCUAUUGUCAAGUGAUAUGUCAUAUCAACAUUUUCACUUUAUUUUGUUGUUCAACAAAGUUAUUUAGAAUGUUUCUUGAUAUAGUUUAUUAUGGAAAGCUACCAACCCGAAUAUGACAAGAGUAGCGUAUUGUCAGACACAUUCUGGAGGACACCGCAGCGCGCGUACCCGGGUAGACCCCGUCAGAAAGUUGGUCAAAGCGAGGUUAUGUCUGGGUCAUCGUAUCAGCAAUUCCAGGCGUCCGUGAACGACGCCUGGGACCUCGGGGACGACGACAUCAUCUCCGGCAUCGCAGAGACUAAAAUAUCGAAGGCCAUAUCGCAAACCGCCGCUUUAAACGUGAUAAAUUCUCAUAGGAAUAGUAGUAAGAUCGUAAACAAAGGUGACGUAAAGGCUGAGACUGAUAGUGUGAAAUCGCCGUCGGAGACGGUUAGUGUGCGUAAAAAUGAGACGAAGAAGGUGUUGGGUGGUCCAGGGGGUAGUUCUGGGCCGAUGCGGCACUACCCCGGGCGGCCGCGGCCCGUGCGGCUGUCGGCACUUGCUUCUCGUGAAGAAAACAAUGAGUUGAAGCUGGAGAGGUUUCAACAAGUCCAUGAGAGUGCUGUGGUGGACCUGAACGAGCUCAAACAGCUGAGCUGGUCUGGAAUUCCAGUCAAGGCUCGCGCCAUAACAUGGCGUCUGCUCGCCGGCUACCUGCCAGCUAACUCAGAACGUCGUGCCGAGACGCUCCAGCGCAAACGCGCCGACUACAAACAUCUGGUGCGCCAGUACUACGAUGCGAGCGAGGAAAGGGACGACGACACCUACCGCCAGAUACAUAUUGAUAUACCGCGAAUGAGUCCGCUCGUGGCGCUGUUCCAGCAGCCCACUGUACAGGUGAUGUUCGAAAGGAUCCUAUACAUCUGGGCCAUCAGGCACCCUGCCUCAGGCUACGUGCAAGGCAUCAACGACCUGGUGACGCCAUUCUUCAUGGUGUUCCUGCAAGAGGCGGUCCCGGGGGAAGAGUUGGACAACUACCCUCUGGACAAGCUGUCGGAGCAGCAGAGAGACAUCAUCGAGGCGGAUUCCUUCUGGUGCUUGUCAAAAUUCCUGGACAGUAUACAGGAUAACUAUAUUUUCGCGCAGCUGGGGAUACAGUAUAAGGUGAACCAGCUAAAAGAACUGAUCAGACGCAUCGACCAACCACUUCACGAGCAUUUACAGAGCCAUGGGGUUGACUACCUUCAAUUUUCCUUCCGCUGGAUGAACAAUCUGCUCACCAGGGAGAUUCCCCUGGCCUGUACUAUACGCCUAUGGGACACUUACCUGGCAGAGUCGGAUGACUUCGCCAUAUUCCAGCUGUAUGUCUGCGCAGCGUUUCUGCUGCAUUGGAGGGAGAGGCUUAUGCUGGAAAAGGACUUUCAAGGCCUAAUGAUCCUUCUCCAGAACGUGCCGACGCAAAACUGGUCGGACUCGAACAUCAGCGUGCUGGUGGCGGAGGCCUACAAGCUGAAGUUCGCCUUCGCCGACGCGCCCAACCACCUCGCCCAAGCCCGCGCCGACCGGUGACCGGCGCCCGCUACUAGCAGAGUAAAUACAAAUGAGUAGGUCAUCUUCAUAGAAACGCACGGGCGCGGUUUGCAUGUGAGCGCGCCAACACGUAUGCGGCG